AUGCCUCCUACCUCUCGCUCUGAUAUCAAGCCCACGGAAUCCCGGCGUUUGAGCAGUCCUAACGAACCUCCCGUCUAUCGGGUGGAUCUUUCAUUGCCUCCAGAGCAACGAUACAACGAGAUAUGCGUGGACUACAAAGCUCAAUUAGCUGGUGUUAUACCAAUAUACCAACAACUUCUGUCUGUGACUGGCGCUCCAAGGUUUCUUGACUUACUUGCUCGAACUUUACUUCGACGCGUCCAUUCAUCAGAAGAGAGUCGGGAAAUUCGCGGUAUAGCACGGGCCACAGGUGUUCCGCUGCAUUUGGUCGUUGCGUUCAACACCUUUCUCGAUUUAUUUUCGGGUUGCUCCAGCGGCGGUGCACUGGUUAGUGACGCCGCAGACGGCCAAACCCGCGCUAUCGUUCAUUUCCGAGGCCUUGACUGGGAAAUGGAGCCUCUUCGCCGACUCCUAAUAUGCGUGGAUUAUGUGCGUGAUAGCCAAGUUGUUGCGCGGGCUGUCACGUAUGCCGGGUAUGUCGGGGUACUAACUGGGGUUCGAUAUAGCCUAUCCAUCUCCCUUAAUUACCGCGUACGCAUUGGGUCACCUUCCUCAACAAGAUCUCACAGGCUUCACCAAAUCGCACUCCUGCUGGGACUUCGUCCGUCUAUAUCAUCGGUCCUUCGCAAGAUCCUCCUUUCGCCAUCACCACCGCCCUCGUUGACGUUGCUAGCCAAAACCUUGCCAUCAACUCCAAGCACUCCUUGUUACCUCACGUUUUGCGCGCCGGAUGGUAUCCUCAUCCUCGAGAAGGAUCUGGUCACAGCCAAACCCAGAACGUCAUCCACUUUUAUUGCUGUAACCAACCACGACGAGCAUAUCGAAGCUCUUUCUCCUGAUGCCUGGCGAAGUAUGCUUGACAAAGACGGCCGCCCUGGAGUGCAUGGCAACGACAUGCUCCUUCGAGACAGUAUCGAACGCAAAGAAUGCGUGAUGCAGGUUUGGCAUCAGCGCAGUCAGCGUCAACGCGCUCGUCUUACAGUGCAAGAUGUCGUUGGCCAACUUGAAACGCAACCGGUCCAAAACGAGAGCACACAUUUCUCGUGUGUCAUGGAUCCCAGUAUUCAAGGUGGUGGCUUGCUUUGGGUUCGCGUAUACCCAGAACCCAUCGAAAUGGAGCACAUAGUGGUCUCGGAUAUGGAGUCUGAUUGA